CUUGCAGCAUCACAAUACAUCAGCCUGACCGCUCCACUUGGAAGACUUGCACACAGCUCAAGUGAUCUCCACAACUUCUCCAGAUUGAAGAAAUGGCUUCAAAUAUCACGGUGGUUGCCGCUCUGGGUCGACCUUUCACCCUAGGAAUGCUCUAUGAUGCGCGGAAAGAUGAACUGAUUCCAGGUUUGACAUUAUGGGACGAUAAAACUCUGCAAGACAACAUAACUGAAUUUGCUCAUCCCAGCAGUAAAUUUGAAAUUUCUACAUCUGACUCCCUUGAAUCCAAGUCCUUUCUGCUGGAUAUUGAUGCUUCUCUGAAGGCCAGUUUCAUGGGUGGACUGAUUGAAGUUGGAGGAUCUGCCAGGUAUCUGAAUGAUACGAAGAAAUACAAGAAUCAGAGCAGAGUGACGUUUCAGUACAACGCUACCACCACCUUCAAGCAGUUGUCAAUGUGUGAAAGUUGUACAAUUGACCCUGGAACAAUGGGCAAGCAAAAGAUAGAUAUUAUUCAAAAGGGCUUUGCAACACAUGUAGUCACUGGCAUCCUUUAUGGGGCAGAUGCUGUGUUUGUGUUUGACAGUGAGAAAUUAGAUGUCAGCAAUGUUCAGAACAUCCAGGCCGGCAUGGAAGCUGUGAUAAAGAAGAUCCCCAAAUUAGACAUUCAGGGAAAAGUUGACAUCAAGCUGACUGAUGAAGAAAAAGACCUGACCAAGAACUUAUCCUGCAAAUUCUACGGAGACUUCAUUCUUGAAAGAAACCCUGCAACAUUUGAAGAGGCAGUAGAGACCUAUGCAGAACUACCAAAGCUACUAAAAGAAAGGAAAGAGAAUGCUGUUCCACUGAAGGUUUGGCUGAUGCCACUAAAACAUUUUGACAGUAGUGCUGCUAAGUUGGAGAAAGGGAUCAGUGUUGAACUAGUGAGGAAGGCGCAGUAUGCUCUAGAAGAUUUAAAGCAAAUAAAAAUGAGAUGCAACGAUUGUCUGGUCGACAGAAUUGUAGAGAAUUUUCCACACAUUCAAGAAGAGUUAAGCAGAUUCCAAAAAAUGUGUAAUCAUUAUGAAUCUGACCUCAAGCAGACCUUGGCGAAGGACCUUCCCUCCAUCCGUGAAGGUAAAGAAGAAGAAGAGACCUCAGAAGUUCAAAAACUCUUUGAAGACAGAGACAAGUCACCAUUCAGUAAUGAAAAACUAAACAGCUGGCUGGAUGAUAAAGAGAGAGAAAUCAACAUCAUCAGGUCCUGUGUAGAAACAAUGCAGGGAGCAAAGAUCGUCCAAACUCAGUCAGAGCUGGACAGAGAGGUUCUUGCUCCAGGUGUGGAGGAUGCUCUGUGCUUUGUUUUCACCUCUAUGCAAAGGGGGGAUACCUUUCUUGAUGUGAUGGCUGACUACUUGAAGUCACCUAAAUUAGGAAGUACCAAUGAAGGCCAGUGGUACUACUCAGAUGAAGUUUUAAUCAAAAUGAGAGAGAAAGCCAAACUUAUAGAUUCAUUCGCAAAAGCACUCAAGAACAACAGUCGGUUCUGUUUUCUCGUAGCAGCUGCAGCAAAUAAGAAAUACACCGGAGCAACCAUCUAUCAUUACAAAGACGGCAUUCUGGCCACUGAUGGUUUUACAAAGUGUGACAUCCCUGAUGUUGAGACUGUCACGGACAGAAGAGAUUUGAUCUGGUAUGCCUGUGAUCUCACCCUGGACCCAAACACUGCAAACAACUACCUCACUCUGUCUGAGGGAAACAAAAAGGCAAAAUAUGGAACAUGGCAGACAUACCCUGAUUACCCAGAGAGGUUUGAUAAACUUCCUCAGGUGUUGUGCAGAGAGAGGUUAACUGGGCGUCAUUACUGGGAGGUAGAGUGGAGUAAUGGUUAUUAUGAUGAUGUUGGUGUAGGUGUUACAUACCAAAGAAUUGGCAGGGAAGGAGGGAAUGCAUCGAGCGAGCUUGGACAAAAUGACAUAUCCUGGUAUUUUGGCCACAGUUACGGGCUUCAUGCAUGGCAUAAUGGUAAGAAGUGUUGUGGCCCUCUUCCCUAUGCUGACUGCAACAGAGUUGGCAUGUUUCUUGACUGGCCUGCUGGCACUCUGUCCUUCUACCGCGUUUCUUCUAACACGCUGAGUCACCUCCACACCUUUCGCACCAAGUUCACUGAGCCUGUCUACCCAGGCUUCCAUGUUAAAAAACAAGACGAUUAUGUGUACCUGCAUCUAGCCGAAUAAGAGCAAUGACAAAUACUUGUUAGAUCUUGGUCUGUAGGGAUAUGGGUUUUGAUUUAAACUUUGAAGAGCCACUAAACACGCAAUUUUAGCUUGAACUUUGAACAUGUGUCCUUUCACAAAUUCAAUUCAUUUAAACCCAGAGGGAUCAGGAUCAUUGGUUUUAAUAAAGUAAUGUACAUGUAAUUUCUAUGUAUUAGUUCAUGAUGAUUCUAUGUAUAGCCUUCUUCUCAGGCUGGUUUGUGCUUCACAACUUUACAAUCAGUUUGCAUUGCUUGAUAUGUCAAUGAUAUGUUUUUAAUUGUAACUUACUAUUCUAAUUCCUGAUACUAAAAGACAUGAUCUUAUACUGAUAAAAAGUGCUUUGUUAACACUACUAUGUUGAAACAGCUGCUAAUACUACUUGUAUAAUGUUGAUUUAUUGGCUUUAUUGAAUGUGAGAUGUUGAUUAUGUUAGGGCAUAAGGAUUCUAAAGUGCAAAUACUUGAAUUAAGCAUUUGUUCCUUUUCUACUUCGUGCAGCAUCUUAAAUAGUUAUCUUUUCGGGGUAGAAGAGCAAUCUUUUGGUUUUCUUUUUGUCAAGACUGUAUCUGAACCUUGAGCUAGGGUUCAAUUAAUGGCUUUAGUGCUCUGAGGACGGAAUCACUGUCACCAUUUUGUUAGAUGUUAAGUACACUGCUGAGGUUUAUAGAGCUGAAGCAAUGUCAGAUUCCUGUGAAACUGCAACACCUGUUGGAAAUGUUGAGCAGAAUAUUCAAUAAAGUAGAGAGCUGAGUUUA